UAAAGAAAAAUCACAACACACCGUCUCUGCCGAGGAAGAAGCGCUCCCUCUCAGUUCCGUUUGCUAGCCGACAGUUCAUAGAGCCGCAGUCAUGGAGGAGGCAAAAAACAAAGAGAAAAAGCAGCCCGAAAAGACCGAUGAGAAGGACAAGGAAAAGGAAAAGGGGCAGCAGCCCUCGGGGAAGGAUAAGGAUAAGAAAGAGGAGCAAGAAUUGUCAGAGGAAGACAAGCAGUUACAAGAAGACCUGGAGAUGAUGGUGGAGAGACUGGGUGAAAAGAACACAGCGUUGUACCGUCCUGCGCUGGAAGAGCUACGCAGAUUAAUCCGCUCUUCCACCACCUCCAUGACCUCUGUACCCAAACCCCUCAAAUUCCUGCGUCCACACUACGGCAAGCUCAAAGAGAUCUAUGACGGCAUGGCUGCUGGAGAAAACAAGCGUUUCUGUGCUGAUGUGGUGUCAGUCCUGGCCAUGACCAUGAGCGGUGAGAGAGAGUGUCUGAAGUACCGUCUGCUGGGCUCUCAGGAAGAGCUGGCCUCCUGGGGACAUGAAUAUGUCAGGCACCUGGCCGGUGAGGUGGCUAAAGAGUGGCAAGAGGUGGAGGAGAGUGACAAGACACAGCAAGAGACGCUGCUAAAACUAGUGAAAGAGAUUGUGCCCUACAACAUGGCCCACAAUGCCGAGCAUGAGGCCUGCGACCUGCUGAUGGAGAUUGAGAGACUGGAAAUGCUGGAGGACUACAUUGAUGAAAACGCCUACGGCAAAGUCUGCCUGUACCUCACUAGCUGUGUGAGUUACGUUCCUGAACCUGAAAACUCUGCACUGCUGAGAUGUUCCCUGAAAAUAUUCAGAAAGUUCAACCGUUACCCAGAGGCCCUGCGCCUGGCCCUGAUGCUCAACGAUGUGGAGCUAGUGGAAAACAUCUUCACAUCCUGUAAAGACAUAGUUAUCCAGAAGCAGAUGGCCUUCAUGCUGGGUCGUCAUGGCAUGUUCCUGGAGCUCAAUGAGGAUGUAGAGGACUACGAGGACUUGACAGAGAUCAUGUCCAACGUGCAGCUCAACAGCAACUUCUUGGCCCUGGCCAGAGAGUUGGACAUCAUGGAACCCAAAGUGCCUGAUGACAUCUACAAAACACACCUCGAAAACAACAGGUUUGGAGGCAGUGGCUCCCAGGUGGACUCAGCUCGCAUGAACUUGGCCUCUUCCUUCGUGAAUGGCUUUGUCAACGCAGCUUUUGGACAGGACAAGCUGCUCACAGACGACGGCAACAAAUGGUUGUACAAAAACAAGGACCAUGGUAUGUUGAGUGCAGCAGCUUCCCUGGGUAUGAUCCUGCUGUGGGAUGUUGACGGUGGUCUGACCCAGAUAGACAAAUAUCUAUAUUCCUCUGAGGACUACAUCAAGUCUGGUGCCCUCCUGGCCUGUGGCAUUGUCAACUCAGGUGUGAGGAACGAGUGUGACCCAGCCCUCGCCUUGCUCUCUGACUACGUCCUUCACAACAGCAACAUCAUGAGGAUAGGAGCUAUCUUUGGACUGGGCCUGGCCUACGCUGGCUCCAACAGAGAAGAUGUCCUUUCUCUGCUUCUCCCUGUCAUGGGAGACUCCAAAUCCAGCAUGGAGGUGGUUGGAGUGACGGCGUUGGCAUGCGGUAUGAUCGCAGUGGGAUCUUGUAAUGGAGACGUGACCUCCACCAUCGUUCAGACCAUCAUGGAGAAGAAUGAACAGGAGCUGAAGGACUCAUAUGCCCGCUGGUUGCCUUUAGGCUUGGGACUCAACCAUCUGGGGAAAGGAGAGGCGAUUGAGACAACACUGGCAGCUCUACAGGUCGUACCUGAACCUUUCCGCAGCUUUGCCAACACACUAGUGGAUAUCUGUGCAUACGCAGGCUCUGGAAAUGUGCUGAAGGUGCAGCAGCUUCUCCAUAUCUGCAGUGAGCACUACGAAGCCAAGGAGAAGGAAAAGGAGGAGGACAAGGACAAGAAGGAUAAGAAGGACAAAGAUAAGAAGGAGACUGCUGCUGACAUGGGCUCCCACCAGGGUGUAGCUGUUCUUGGUAUUGCCCUUAUCGCCAUGGGAGAGGAGAUUGGUUCUGAAAUGGCACUGCGAACAUUUGGACACCUGCUGCGUUAUGGUGAGCCCACCCUGAGGCGAGCGGUGCCACUUGCCCUGGCUCUCAUUUCCGUGUCCAACCCUCGUUUGAACAUCUUGGACACACUGAGCAAGUUUUCUCACGACGCUGACCCCGAGGUGUCCCACAACUCCAUCUUUGCCAUGGGCAUGGUGGGCAGUGGCACAAAUAACGCCCGCCUGGCUGCCAUGCUACGGCAGCUAGCCCAGUAUCACGCCAAAGACCCUAACAAUCUCUUCAUGGUCCGACUGGCUCAGGGUCUGACUCACCUGGGCAAAGGCACACUGACACUCUGUCCCUACCAUAGCGACAGGCAGCUGAUGAGUCAGGUCGCCGUGGCUGGACUGCUCACGGUGCUCGUUUCCUUCCUUGACGUCAAGAACAUAAUCCUGGGGAAAUCUCACUACAUUCUCUACGGCCUGGUAGCAGCCAUGCAGCCACGUAUGCUGGUCACCUUCGAUGAGGAGCUACGGCCACUGCCUGUGUCUGUCAGAGUUGGACAGGCUGUGGAUGUCGUGGGCCAGGCAGGUAAGCCAAAGGCCAUCACAGGUUUCCAGACCCACACCACGCCGGUUUUGCUGGCUCAUGGAGAGAGGGCCGAGCUGGCCACAGAGGAGUAUCUCCCCGUCACCCCCAUCCUGGAAGGCUUUGUUAUCCUUCGCAAGAAUCCCAACUAUGAAACCUAGACCCCCCCCAUGCAAAAAAUAACCCUUUCUCAUUGGCAUUGGACUCUGUUUUAAAAGGAUAGCCCUCCAUGGCUCUUGGCAGUUGUUAUAUUAAAUUGUUUAUUGUGUGGCUGAAAAGAGCAAGGCAGGCCUAUCCUUCCUCUCUGAGUCUUCUCACCAUCAUCAUUUGUGGCCCAGCUCCAGCACUCAUUACAGAUAGAUGGUUUUGGUCUGGUUAAUUGGAUUGAGAUGACACAGGGAGGGUCAAACUGGGACCUCAUUCUCAAUACAUAGAUGGUUUCCCCAUUGCUGUUGUUUUAAUCCAUCAAUUCCACAUGCGCUGAACAAGCUGUUAAACUGAUCCGGGGCCGGUUCAAAAGUGGGAACUGUUCACAAAACUUCUGUAUAUUUCAUCAGUAAAUGAAUAACAACUGCUCAGUCCACAUCAGUUUUCAAAUGUGUUUUUUUUCCCCCACAACUUACAUUCUUGGUCCUCUUUUGUAAUUAGAGCAUUUAAAAGUAUGUACUCUUCAUCACGUUUUUUUCUUCUGUUUUGUUUUCUUUGGUUUUGUUACAGUAAUGUAAAAGGUUGAAUCCAAAAUAAAAACUCAGAUCCACAUGGUGGAAAUGCGA